UCACACUUAUCAACUCUCAUCAUCAUAACAUUUCCCACAAACUCCACUUCCCUUCGCAAUUCCUGAUUUCAACACAAAACACCAAAAAUGAAACCUACGACCACUUUUCUCUUGCUUGCUCUACUCCUCAUAACCUCAGCCUCUGUGGCUACCCGACCCAAAUCAACCGGAUCUUCUGCUCCUGAUCAACUCAAGCACCCCAAGGACAGUGACAAGAACAACAAAGGUGGAGGCAAUAACUAUGGUGGUAAUCCAGGUGACUUCUUUGCUCCCGGAGGAGGGUUCAGCGUACCCGGAUUUGGAAACGGAAACGGGUUUGGAAAUGGUAUAGUAGGAGGAGGAGGAGGAUAUGGAUCCGGGUAUGGAGGUCCAAAUGGAGGGUACUCAAAAGGUGGUGUAAUAAAACCAACUGUUGUGUGCAAAGACAAAGGCCCUUGUUAUGGGAAAAAGGUAACAUGUCCAGCCAAGUGCUUCUCCUCUUUCAGCCGUUCCGGCAAGGGCUACGGUGGCGGCGGCGGCGGCGGUGGCUGCACCAUUGAUUGCAAAAAGAAGUGCAUAGCUUAUUGUUGAGGGAAGCACAGUAAUGGUAACAGUUGUUAUCACUAGUGCUAGUAUUAUGUAUGCAACUUAUGGUCAUGUGGAUCACCCUUUUAGAUAAAUAAGCAUAAAGUAGAUAUAUCUCUCUAUAUACUUGGGUUUUCUUUGGGAUGUGCUUUUGAUUAUGCCUUAGUUAUUAUAUCUAUAUAUCUAUAUAUCUAUAGGUAUUGCAAAAAAAAAUUAUGGGACAGUGCUCGAUGGCUGAGAGGAUUAUUAUGGACUGUAUUUU